AAGUGAGGGACUAAAAGUUGGUUUUAGCCGAGUUCUGGAAGUGGAACUUGCAAAUUCCCUUUAUUUUGGUUUCGAUCCGUUUCUUCUGUCUUGCCCUAACGCCAGUUGCAGUCCGCGACCAAUGGCGACGGACCCUGUCACUGUCCCCGUUCCUCGGAGAAGUAAAGAUUACGGGAAACUAGAAUAUGGCUGCGACCAUUACAGGAGGCGAUGCAAAAUCCGUGCUCCUUGUUGCGACAAGAUUUUCCCAUGCCGCCAUUGUCACAACGAAGCUGCAAACUCGUCAAGCAACCCUAAAGAUCAUCACGAGCUUGUCAGGCAAGAUGUGAAUCAAGUUAUUUGUUUGGUUUGCGAUACAGAGCAGGAGGUUGCUCAAGUCUGUUCUAACUGUGGGGUAAACAUGGGUGAAUACUUUUGUGGAAUUUGCAAAUUUUAUGAUGAUGAUGUGAGUUAAAUUGCUUCAAGUUGAUGUGUUAAUUAGAUAAGCUGGUUUGAAGUAUAUCCACUUUGUAUUAUAUGAUCUUGCAGUUUUAAUAAUAAUUUAUAAUGAUUGUGGUGAAUUCAGAUCACAAAGAAGCAAUUUCACUGCCAUGACUGUGGAAUUUGCAGGUUACUUAUCAGUUCCAUUGAUGGAUUAUUGCAUUUUCAGCCUAAUUCACACUUUUUGGGCUAUUAGUCUGAUCUGAAUUGUGGUUUCUAGAGUUGGCGGUCGUGAUAAGUUCUUCCACUGUCAGAGGUGUGGAUCUUGCUAUAUGAUAGAACUACGCAACAAUCACAUAUGUGUGGAGGACUCAAUGAAGACUUUUUGCCCUAUCUGUUAUGAGUAUCUUUUUGACUCGAUCGAAGGCACAAGGAUAUUAAAAUGUGGGCAUACAAUACAUUUUCAUUGUUUGACUGAGAUGACUACAAAAAAUCAGUACCGCUGUCCCAUCUGCUUGAAGGCAGUGCUCGAUAUGACUUCAUUCUGGCGAGAAAUGGAUAUGGAGAUCCAAGUUACCACAAUGCCUGAGGAAUACCAGUUUGAGGUCUCGAUCCUCUGCAAUGACUGCAACACUACUAGCAACACACAAUUUCACAUUUUAGGUCACAAGUGCAAACAAUGCAAUUCUUACAACACCCGCCGGAUUGCAACUCGAGGUAGACCUAACAAUACACAAACAAGUUAGACUUGAUUGGUAAUGCACAUUGGACUUCCAAUCAUGCAGUACUUAGUUUUACCCAAAAUUAAUGUUCGUAUAUUCAGAAUCUGUUAUGGAAACAUUCCCCUCCUUUUUUUACUCUUUAUUUCUUGUACCAGUUCCUCCAGUUUCAUCGUGACUUACAUUGAAUUUGAUUCUACCCUUUAUUGCAUCUUUUUUAGCAUGUUGGUUUGGAGUCAUGAGUAGUUCUAGGAAAAAAAAGGGGGCAAAAUUCA